AUGUUUCGAUUAGAAAAAGAGACGCCGAGUGAAUGAGAUCCGCGCCCGAGAGAGACAAUCUGACCUCUGAUGAUGGAGCGAUGACAUGUAUUAUAAAAAGGUGGCGUCCUGUGACAGUGUAGUGUCGUCAACCGGGCAGAAAGUCCAGUGGGUUUUACUGUGUGUUAAAUAAGAGGACAUUACAGCGUCUACUGCGCAUACACGAAAACUGAUUACUCCCCUCCCGCCCCGGGGGUCAGCGCGGAUACAGCCAAAAUGGCGGGCAGUGUGGUAGUUCUCAAGAGUAAGAAAAACUGCAUAUGAUUAAUGGAAGAGUAACGAUGCCGGACUGGCGAAUGGACUGGUUAUGUGAGGAGGGCCAAAACGCAUUCAAUGGAACUAAUCUAAGAUAUGUGAUAAGAUUGUGUCGGAAUUUGUCAAGAUUCAAUGCUUCAUACAGGUCCAACUCUACGUUCGUUCCCUUGUUUGAAAACCAGGAUGAAGGUGAAGACUUGGCGCGGCCCGAGACAAUUGUGACUUUUAUUCUGUGUGUUGUUGCAUUGUUGUUUAAUGUUGUGUCCAUCAUGGCUACGUCACAAAUCUCUUCGACGUCACAUACCAAAGUGAUAAUAAGUCUCGCAGCCUCCGAUAUUCUCGUCUCAGUCAGUGUAUUUAUGCACGUUGUUGACAGCCAUUUCAAUGUGCCAUCUUCAUCAAACGAUCCCGAUCCUAAUUCCCGGCUCCUCUCCGCCUGCAUUCAAGUUAUUGUCGUGUCAUUCAACAAUAUGGCAAACUUGAUGUCGCUGUUGAACCUUUUAGCAAUAGCUAUAGAUCACUAUAUAGCGAUUUUGAUGCCUUAUCGGUAUGUGCAUCUUUUAAACCGCUGUCGGACAAACUUCAUGAUAACCAUUUUAUGGAUUAUAGGAUUUCUGUGUGGAUUUUCUUCCUUCUUUGGUGGAUUUCAAAAGUCGGAGGCAUUCCAAUAUUUAAAUUUUUGUGAAAUUACCAACUUUUCUGUUUUCCAUGCGGAAUAUUUUGUGAUAUUCACCGCGGCAGUUUGUUCUGUCGCCAUGUUAUUCAUUUAUACAAGAAUAUUUUGUAUUGUGCGACGUGUAAGCACAGAGGGCACAGCGCUCCAUAAAGACGCACUGCAUAACACUAAGGCACUGAAAACCUCGGCGCUUAUCAUCGGCACUUUCGUUGUCUGCUGGCUUCCGAAUUUAGUCUUCCAGGUGUCUGUUCUGAUUCAGUUACACGCUUUAGACAGUAGGAAUAGGGUAUACGAAACGCUUUAUCGUGCCAACAGAUAUUUAUAUAUUCUUGUUGUGGUGAAUUCCGUUUGUGACCCAAUCAUAUAUGCAGCAAGGUUAAGAAUUGUACAGAAAGGGUACUUUCGGUUAUUAUCAAGGUUCUGUGGAUAUAAGAACCCAAAAAUGUACGACGAUAAUAAUUAUAGCCAAUCAAAGACAGAGCUCCUGGCCAGAAAGCGGUCGACGCUGGUAUCGAACGAACCCCGAGAAUCUCACCCCGAAAUACAGUCUAUGUUGUAAAUUGUUUUAGAUUUACAUGUAGUGAACAUGAACUUCAUUUUUACAAUAUCAAAAAUAAAGUUGAGGAAAUAUGAAAUAUUUCUUCUUAACAUAUAUACAGACUACUGAUCCCCUAACUGUUUCCGUUUUAGCAUUAAAAAUGCUUACUAGUCUUAUGAACGCAAAACGUUAUUAACCAUGUUAACCUACAGUUAAUGAGCAUAUUACGCAGUUAAUAAAGAGGUUUUUGUUUUUAGAA